AUGAUUUGUUUACUGCUUAUCGCCUUUGGGACGCUUCUCUCUGAUUCGGGCUUCGUUAUAGUAACCGAAGCACAACAAGCCAAGAUCCUACUGCACUCAGUGAAUGAAAAAAGUUCGCCGAAUGCAUUUGAGCUGAACCCUGAUGUUUUGAAAGAGAUAUCACAGAUGGAACCACCGAUCCGAGUUAUCGCCGCCGUUGGAAAUGCUCGAGUUGGAAAAUCAACCUUCCUAAACGUAUUCAGUUCUAUUAUCAGUCGAGAGGGAAAAUCUAACGUAAUUGAAGAGGUUUUUAAAUCCGGUGCCUCGUUGGAUCCUGUCACUCGUGGUGUAUGGGCGCACAUAAUACGACAUUCCGAUAAAAAUGGAAGCAUACUUUUGCUUGAUGUGGAAGGUACAGAUUUAGGAAAUGAUAGUGUAAAUGAUCGCCUUAGUAUGUUUACAACCAUGUUGUCUUCCGGACUGAAUAUAUUUGCGCUACAAGUCGUGAAAAACGGAGAUAUCGACUUCCUUUAUCGCAUAGUACGCUUGAGCGAGCUUGUCUUCGAAGGAAGAGAUAUUCCAAAUAAUUUCCCCAAACUUCGAAUCGUUUUACGGACAAAUCUAGACGUCCCCGAUGAUGACAGCCUUGAAGAUUAUAUCCUUCAGAAGAUCUUUCAUCCUGACGGGCAGAGCACGGAAAAGGAGAAAACGAUCAAGAAAUACUUUACAAAAGAUCGUAUUUCAGUGAGUCACAUCCCUUCGGUGGAUAAUCCCUCCGAAUUAUUCAGAGACCUAAAGCGCUUGCAAAAGAGUUCUGCUUGGAAUUUGUUCGAAAAGUUGGUGCAGAAGAUGAAGGACAGCCCUGUAAAAAAUACUUCUAGAGGCCUUCCGGUUGACGGUGAAGCACUUCGUGUCCUCACUAAAAAGCUCGUUGAAGCAAUGAAUAGUCCUAAUGAUUCUUGGAAAGAUUUCGGAGAUGUAUAUGCCGCCAUGGAAACAUAUAUUUGUACAAGAAGAUACGAAGAGUAUAUCAAGCCUGUCUUACUGCAGCAAACCUUGAGAGAAAUGGAAGACAAUAUGUUGAAAGCUUUACAUAAAUUUGAACAAGAAUGCAGUCUACCAAGCGAGAUACUAAAGGUGAAGGAAGAACUUAAGAGUACGCUGCAAGAGAAAAGAAAGCGCGAGGAGGAAGAUAAGAAGACAGGAAGAAUGGAGAAGAUGGGAAGAAGAGAGAACAAGAUUGAAAGAAGAAAAUAGGAGACUAAAGGAAGAAAAGAGAAGACGCGAAGAGCAAGAAAAUUUGUGGGAAUAUGCUAAGAGCGUUGCUAAGUAUUUAACCCCACUCCUCGCAGGUGCCUACUUUUUCAGCGACGAAGAUCUGAAAGACAAUGUAACAACGCUUUCCUGCUCCGAGUUCAACGAUAUCGGCCUGAGGGGGGUCUGCUGGGAAUGGAAUGAAAACGCUCAGAAGACCUUCGGACUGACCGGGGAGGACUGCGGAGUGAUUGCUCAGGAAGUUAAAGUUCUAUAUCCCUGGGCUGUGACAGAAAGAACGGAUGGCUAUUUACGAGUGCACUAUGGCAUUCUGCAUGAAAUGAUCAACGUUGCCCACAGCAAAAGGCAGUCAUCUCGUUUCUUUUAA